AUGCAUCGCAUUAAGCCCCUAGCAAAUCGCUCAUUGAUUGCUGGAGCAUUUGAUCAGUACUCUGCGUCGGUGAAGACAAAGUCUCUCAAGACACCACCAUGCCGGAUAGGGACCGUCAGACACAAAACGGGAUCGGUUGAGAAGUACGGUCUAAAACGGUUCAGCACAGCAGAAGCAACCGUAGCAGCGACUAGAGGACAGGAAAAGAUGAGAGAAAAGACCCUUACGAUGGAGACCCUCAACCCGCAGGUGAAAGCAGUGGAGUACGCUGUGAGAGGACCUAUAGUGAUCAAAGCCGGAGAAAUUGAAAGAUGCUUACAAGAGGGGGAGAAGAAGCCCUUCACAGAGGUCAUCAAGGCUAACAUUGGGGAUGCGCACGCCAUGGGACAACAGCCAAUCACGUUCCUUCGACAGGUGGUGGCUCUCUGCACAUUCCCUGAGCUGAUGGAAAGUCCUGCUUUCCCAGAUGAUGCCAAGCAAAGAGCACACCGAAUCCUACAGGGCUGCGGGGGAUUCAGCCUCGGGUCCUAUAGUGCGAGCCAAGGGGUGGAGUGUAUCCGACGGGAUGUCGCUGCAUACGUUGAGCAAAGGGACCAAGGCGUGCCUGCCAACUGGGACGACAUUUAUCUCACCACUGGUGCCAGUGAUGGCAUUGCUAGCGUUCUCCGGUUGCUGGUGUCAGGUCACGGGUCUUCUCGAACAGGGGUCAUGAUCCCCAUUCCUCAGUACCCCCUCUAUUCGGCUGCGAUCGCUGAGAUGGGUGCCGUGCAGGUCAACUACUACCUGGACGAAGACAACUGCUGGGCCUUAGACAUCGCUGAGCUCCACAGAGCCUAUCAGAAAGCCAAAGAGCACUGCCAACCCAGAGUCAUCUGCAUUAUCAACCCCGGCAACCCUACUGGCCAGGUCCAGAGUAAGAAAUGCAUUGAGGAAGUCCUGCACUUUGCUUAUGAAGAGAAUCUCUUUGUCAUGUCUGAUGAGGUUUAUCAGGACAAUGUGUAUGCUCCAGACUGUCAGUUCCACUCCUUCAAGAAGGUUCUGUAUGAAAUGGGCCCAGAAUACUUCAACAGUGUUGAGCUGGCCUCCUUCCACUCCACCUCCAAAGGGUACACCGGAGAGUGUGGCUUCAGAGGGGGCUACAUGGAAGUAAUUAACCUGGAUCCAGAAGUAAAGGCCCAGCUUGUGAAACUGCUGUCCGUCAGGCUGUGUCCCCCAGUGUCUGGCCAAGCUGCCAUGGAUGUCAUAGUUAAUCCUCCCCUGCCAACAGAGCCUUCCUUCAACCAGUUCCAAAAGGAGAAGGCUGCAGUGCUGGGGGCUUUGGCAGAAAAGGCCAAGAUGACUGAGCAGAUUCUGAAUUGUGUCCCUGGUAUCAAGUGUAACCCAGUUCAGGGUGCCAUGUAUGCCUUUCCCCAGAUAUUCAUCCCCCCCAGAGCUGUGGAGGAGGCCAAGGCUUUGGGAAUGCAGCCAGACAUGCUCUACUGCCUGAGGCUUCUGGAAGAAACUGGCAUUUGUGUCGUCCCUGGCAGUGGAUUUGGGCAGAGGGAGGGGACUUACCAUUUCAGAAUGACCAUCCUGCCAUCCACAGAGAAGCUGAAGGUGCUUUUGGACAAAGUCAGAGACUUUCACGUCAGGUUUCUGAAGGAAUACUCAGCCCUGGAUGAGCCCUCGAGAUGA